UCUCUCUCUCUCUCGCUCACACGCAUAAACACAGAGAGUAUCUUUGCUCCGUCCUUUCCUUUCCGUUGCUUUCCCUUCCCUUGAUUCGUACGCUUACUUUCUCUCUUCUUCUUUCUCUUUAUUCUUUUAUUCUUCUUCUUCAUCCUCUUAACAGAUCUCACUCUCUCCAAAGCCCAAAUCGAACACAAUCAAUCAGAUGGCAAUGCAGGAAACAACUCCUGCCCCUGCUCCAAGUGCUGAAGUUGUUGGCAAUGCCUUUGUGGAGCAGUAUUACCAUAUUUUACACCAAUCCCCUGGACUGGUUCAUAAAUUUUAUCAGGAUUCAAGUUUGCUGAGCCGACCAGAUGCUGAUGGUACUAUGACAACGGUUACAACCAUGCAAGCAAUCAAUGACAAGAUUCUUUCCUUGAAUUAUGAAGACUGCACAGCUGAGAUAAAAAAUGCAGAUGCGCAGGAGUCUUAUGAGAAAGGGGUGAUUGUUCUUGUUACAGGUUGCUUAACUGGGAAGGACAAUGUGAAGAAGAAAUUCUCUCAAACAUUUUUCCUUGCUCCACAAGACAAAGGCUACUUUGUGUUGAAUGAUGUAUUUAGGUUUGUUGAAGAGAAUGAACCAUUACCAAAUGAUCCUGUCUUGAGUAACAGUGUCAAUGAAAAUGCUGUGCCUAUAACCUCAACAACACAACCAGGUUGGGGUGAUAUUUCAGAAGCAGAUACGACUCAGUAUACUGAUCAUCUUACAGUGGACCCUGCUACUUCAUUGGAAGAGGAAGAUCUUAAUAAUGGUGCAGAAAUUUUUGAUCCUUCUGAUAAAGAGGAAGGAUCAGUGAUUAAAGAAGAGGUUGUUGAACACCAAACUGGUUCAAAUCAUAGUGAAAUUCUCACGAGUGGUGAUGCAGCUCCUGCAGCCCUUGAAGAUGCUCCAAAGAAAUCAUAUGCUUCAAUUGUGAAAGUAAUGAAGGGUACAGUGCCCAGUUCAGUGUAUGUUGCUCCUAAUUCAAAGGGGGCACCUGCAAACUCAGAAAAACAAUCCCUUAACUCCACAAAACCUGCUUAUGCUCCAGAGGCUGUUGCUCCCACUAGUGUUGGUGUUCCUGAAAGCAGUGAUGUUCAUGAAGAAGCUGAAGGUCAUUCUAUAUAUGUGCGGAAUUUACCUUUUAAUGCAACAGCUGUGCAACUUGAUGAGGUGUUUAAAAAAUUUGGGCCAAUAAAGCGAGGUGGCAUCCAAGUUAGAAGUAAUAAGCAAGGAUUCUGUUUUGGCUUUGUUGAAUUUGAAACAUGGAGUUCCAUGCAAAGUGCACUUGAGGCUUCACCUAUCAAUAUUGGGGAUUGUCAAGCUAUUGUUGAGGAAAAGAAAACCAACACCCGAGUUGGCAGCGGUGGGAGGGGGAGGUAUUCUUCAGGAAGAGGUGGGUUUAGGAAUGACAGUUUCAAGAACCGGGGGAACUUUGGUGGCGGUCGUGGUUAUGGCAGAAAUGAAUUCAGAAACCAAGUUGAAUUUUCAGUGCGACCCAAGGGUUCAGCUGGGCGCAGCAAUGGUGAUUACCAGCGGACUAAUCCGAAUGGAAGCAGAAGGGGAGGGCGUCAGGGUGGGGGGAGGGGUAGUUCUGUUUCUACUUGAUCAUAGGGCAACGAGGCUACAUAGAUGAUUUUUUGACCGUACAAAUGAGGGGCAUCAAGGCAUUAGAAGUUCAGGUUUUUUUAUAUUUAUAUUUGCAACUUUCCACAAGAAUAUUAUUGUGCAUCCUUGUUUUUUUCGUUUUCCCCUCCUGGGGCAUUUCAGGAGAGCUUACGUAAACAUGGAAAUGUGUUUUGAUGAAAUCAUGUAAUCUUUCAUAAAAGCUUCUAUAAUUUUGUAAA